AUGGUGUCCCUGGGCAAGGUCUCUGCCCCGAAGCCGGUGAAUCUCCCCUCCCAGCGCAAGGAGAACAACGGCAACGACCCGUCCAUAGACCUCGUCCGCAAGUCUGCCAACGGCGGGUGGGGCGCCGCCUCUGGCGCGACCGAGUCCCCCACCGCCUCCUCCUGCAGCGAGCAGCAGGCAGCGAAUCUGACGUCCGAGCCCCGAUCCGCAAACGGCGAGGGCAUCCCUUCUGCGGUGGCGCCCUCCCGCGUCAUCCCAGCAGGACCCACCCCGGCCUGGGGUGGGCUGGGCAUGCCCGAGGAGCGAAAGAGGGCCAUGGAGCAGGCCAGCCGCGAGCAGUUCCCCACCCUGGACGCCCUGCCGCGCUGCUCCGGCGGCGUCCGCGAGCGGCGGCUGGAGAGUCAGGACUUCCGGCGCACGGAGGAGUACGUGGAGCAGGCACGCGCGCAGGAGAAGGCGCGCAAGCUGGCGGCGGGCGGGCCACGUUCUAAGGAGGGCGUGGAGGCCAGAGAGAAAGCGGGAUCCCGGUCUCAGCGGCGAAACCGGCCUGCCAAGGCAGGCGCAGGAGAAAUCGCUGGCGCCGCCGUGCCCGCCGACCGGGGCCCUGCUGACUCGCCGACGCCCGGCCCGUGA